AUGUUCCUGCUGGUCCUGCCAGCGCAGGCAACGGCGGAGUUGGCUCCGUGGUGCCCGCGGUGGUUUCACCGGCGUCGCCUGGCUGCUGGGGGAAGCCGGCAGGCCAGCCCCGCCGGGACCGCCGCCUUCGUGCUGAAGCUUCCCCAGGCGGCGUCGAAGGUUGCAAGUUCCCAGUUUUAUAUCCUUGCACGUGUCCAGUUUCUUCUGACCGUUUCCAUAGCUUAUAAUUUUUUUCUUUUGACUAAUUGCCCAUUUUUGUCACGUAUUGCAGAAGAGCUAUAUGUUUCUGAACGAGAGGGCAAUGAUUCCACUGGUGAUGGGACACAAAAGAAACCAUUCAAGACCGUUUUAAAGGCUUUGAUGACAGCAGGAAAGGAACCGUUUCCUACUAUUUAUGUGGAUUCGCAAAAAGAAAAUGAGAGGUGGACCAUUAUUUCAAAGUCACAGAUGAAAAAUGUCAAAAAACUGUGGCACAGGGAACAAAUGAAGAAUGAAGCUAAGGAGAAGAAGGAGGCAGAAGAUCUCUUGAGAAGAGAGAAGAACCUGGAGGAAGCUAAGAAGGUUGUUAUCAAGAAUGAUCCUAGUCUUCCAGAGCCAAAAUGUGUAAAGAUUGAUGCUCUGGAGGCUUACAGAGGCCAGAGAGUGAAGAUUUUUGGCUGGAUUCACAGAUUACGGAGGCAAGGAAAAAAUUUGAUGUUCGUUGUUUUGAGAGAUGGCACAGGUUUUCUUCAGUGUGUCCUUUCAGAUGAACUGUGUCAGUGUUACAACGGGCUAAUUCUCUCUACGGAGAGCAGUGUUGCAGUGUAUGGUACGCUGAACCUUGUUCCUGAAGGCAAGCAGGCUCCAGGAGGCCAUGAGCUGAACUGUGACUACUGGGAGCUUAUUGGUCUGGCCCCAGCAGGAGGGGCUGACAAUCUACUCAAUGAGGAUUCAGAGGUUGAUGUGCAACUUAACAACAGGCAUAUGAUGAUUCGAGGCGAGAAUAUGUCCAAAAUCUUCAAGGUGCGCUCCAUGGUAGUACAGGCCUUCAGGGAUCAUUUCUUUGCCAAUGGAUAUUAUGAAGUCACACCACCAACUUUAGUCCAGACACAGGUGGAAGGAGGCUCAACCCUCUUCAAACUGGAUUAUUUUGGUGAAGAGGCAUACUUAACACAAUCAUCCCAGCUCUAUCUGGAGACGUGUAUUCCAGCGUUAGGAGAUGUUUUCUGUAUUGCUCAGUCAUACAGAGCUGAGCAAUCCAGGACCCGCAGACACCUGGCAGAAUACACUCACAUUGAAGCUGAAUGUCCUUUUAUAAGUUUUGAGGAUUUGUUGGACCGUUUGGAGAGCUUGGUUUGUGAUGUAGUAGACAGAGUCUUGAAAUCACCUGCAUCAAGCUUACUCUAUGACCUAAACCCGGGCUUCAAGCCCCCUAAACGUCCUUUCCGACGAAUGAACUAUACUGAAGCCAUUGAGUGGUUAAAGGAACAUGAUGUGAAGAAGGAAGAUGGCACUUAUUAUGAGUUUGGAGAAGAUAUUCCUGAAGCUCCUGAGAGACUGAUGACAGACACCAUUAAUGAACCAAUCUUGUUGUGCCGAUUUCCUGCAGAGAUAAAGUCUUUCUAUAUGCAACGCUGUCAUGAUGAUUCCCGCCUUACUGAAUCUGUUGAUGUGUUGAUGCCUAAUGUUGGUGAAAUUGUUGGAGGCUCUAUGCGUAUCUGGGACAGUGAGGAGCUACUCGAAGGCUAUAAGAGAGAGGGCAUUGAUCCCACACCGUACUACUGGUAUACUGAUCAGAGAAAAUAUGGUACGUGCCCUCAUGGUGGAUAUGGUUUGGGAUUAGAACGGUUCCUAACCUGGAUUCUGAAUAGACACCAUAUCCGAGAUGUCUGCCUCUAUCCACGCUUUGUCCAGCGCUGCAAACCUUAGCCAUCCUUGUGAUAAACCCUUAGAAAACUGAGCAACUGAUGCUUGGAAAAAAACAAUACACUCUGCUGUGCUACAGCCCCUCUGAGAACAAGAUUUACUGCAACCUGUUGCUAAUACAAAUACUAAUUUAGGGCAUGAAAAGGAAAAUAAACAAAACCCCUUUUUAAAGGAAAAUGCUACUAAUUAACUGGAAGAAGCCUGAGGAAAAAUUGUGAGGUGCAUUUAUGCUCUCAAGUCAACGUAAAAUAAAGAUCCUGAUAAGCUGUCAUUUAAAAAACAAGACACACUUCUGCUUUUAAUUUUUGUGACUUAAAAGAAAAUAUGCUGGGCAUUGAUGUUGUGGGUUUUUUUUUUAAUUUGCUUUAAUUUUAAUCUGUUUUCUCUUGUGGUUUCUUGUUGGAAAAAUCAAGAGUUCAAGCUCUUUAAAUUCCCAAAUACUGAUCUCUCAGAAUGGUAUGAAGAGACAUCAUCUAAAGAGCUCAACUAAGUAUAAAAAUGGGAAUAAUCAUGUUAAGCGCUGCACUUUUUUAGCUCCUACUGGUUUUAAUGGAAGUUCUGUUUGAGUUCGAGUCGCAAGGUAUGUAGUACUGAGCACAGAAUUCCACUGCAAGAGACGUGGGUUGUUUUGGGUUUGGUUUGUUUUUUCCCCCAGAUUAUUUAUUGGUUAGAAAUGAUGAGGCUCAGGGUGGCUUUGCUACUUUUUACCGAUACCGGUGGAUGAAGCGCUAUAGUGGGUCCAUGCACACCCAGCCUAUGCGGAAUUACAGUAGGAAGGGACAUGUUGUCAGAGCAGUGUCUGUUAGCUUGUGGACACUGGGAUGUUUGUGGUGUCUUCCAAAUUAAGAUUCUGCAAUCUGUUUCAAACCAGAAGUGACUCACUGAAGACCCAAAGCAACUGGUACCUUUGAAAUACAAUUGGAUUUCAGCAUUGUGUGCUGACUGAAUUGCUGUGCUCUCUAGGUGAGUUGUAGUCCAAGCAGUGCUGUCCCACGUCAUGCUAAAGUAUGUUUUCAUAGUAGAGCAGUUCCAUGUUGCCUAGCUGGCUCCAUGUUUUCUUAUGCUACUGUGUCUGGGCAGAUUCUCUGGCUGUAAUCAAGUUAUCAAAUAGGAUUAAUUAAAUAUUUAAUGUGUUGAGUCAUCUGUAUGCUUUUUAGUCUUAAAUAACGUAAUUCCUUUUACUAGAGAGAAAAAAAAAAUUGGUAGGUGCAUCAUUUGCUGCCUCCACUGAGACUUGAUCUGGAUUUGCCAUUCAUAGAAUUGUUGAGCUGUGCGAUACCCAUAUUUUUGUAAUA